GAGACAGAGGGGUGAAAGGAGGACAAAGGAGCAGACAGAGAGGAGGAGAAGCCGGAGAGAGAGAAGGAGAAAGGAGCAGAGGAGAGGAUGUCGGAGAGGAUCUCUUCGUGUGGGAGCCUGUAUGACAGCACCAACCUGCUGCUACAAUACUGCAACAACGAUGACACGGUGUCAGCCGGCAGUAACAUGGACAUGGAGGACCGAGUUUCUCACCUGGAGCAGAAGCUGCAGCUGCAGGAAGACGAGAUCCAGCUGUUGAAGUCCGCUCUGGCUGACGCUCUGCGCCGGCUGGGCUACUGUGAGGAGCAGAGCCUGGUGAUGCAACCUGGAGGCGUCCAUGCUGCUGGGAGGAGACCUCUGGCCACCACAGCUUCAGCACAGCCUACCAAGGUGCGUCAGCUCCUGCAGGCUCUUCCCUCCAGACCUCUGAGCAAUGGCUACGUUCAACAGAAACGCCUCCUCUCCUCCCCUUCCUCUCCUAAGAAGGAGGUGCUACAGUCCAUUAAAAGGAAGAGUAUGUCCACAGAGCGUCUCACCCUGGUGAGGAGAGAGAUGGGAGCAGAGAGUCGGAGUCGAACCACCUCCUCCAGCAGCUCCGGAGGAGGCAAAAGCAAAUCCAAAGAAUGCACCUACAAUGCAGAGGACGGCUACGUGAGGAUGUUCCUCCGAGGUCGUCCUGUCACCAUGCACAUCCCCGACCAGCAGAGGGAGAGCUACAGCCUCGACCAGAAGGUGGCGCAGCCUGACCGCAAGCUCAAACUGCAGUGGGUGUACGGCUACCGUGGACGUGACUGCCGCUCCAACCUCUACCUGCUGCCCACUGGAGAGAUCGUCUACUUCAACGCCUCUGUGGUGGUUCUGUACAACACCGAGGAGCAGCAGCAGAGACACUACCUGGGCCACAACGACGACGUCAAAUGCCUGAGUGUGCAUCCUGACAUGGUUACCAUCGCAACGGGGCAAGUGGCUGGAAACUCUAAAGAUGGAAAGCUGCUGGCUCCUCACGUCCGUGUUUGGGACUCUGUGAGCCUCAACACGCUGCACGUGAUUGGGAUGGGAGUGUUUGACAGGGCCGUCACCUGUGUGGCGUUCUCCAAGUCGAACGGCGGCUCCUUCCUCUGCGCUGUGGACGACGCCAACGAUCACAUCCUGUCGGUCUGGAACUGGCAGAAGGAGAAGCAGCUGGCUGACGUGAAGUGCUCCAAUGACUCUGUUCUGGGCGCCGUGUUUCAUCCCAUGGAUGCCAACCUGAUUGUCACCUGUGGAAAAUCUCACAUCAACUUCUGGACCAUGGAGGGCAACACUCUCACCAAGAGACAAGGCCUGUUUGAGAAACAUGAGAAGCCAAAGUAUGUGCUGUGCGUGGCGUUUGCUGAGAACGGAGACGCCAUCACAGGAGACUCCAGUGGAAACAUCUACGUCUGGGCCAAAGGUGGUAGCCGCAUCAGCCAGGUGGUAUCUGGGGCCCACGAGGGCGGGAUUUUCUCUAUCUGUGUCCUGAAGGACGGCACCAUGGUGUCUGGAGGAGGAAAGGACCGCAAGGUGGUGCUGUGGAACCACGACUACAGAAAACAGGCUGAGAUGGAGGUGGGCGAGGCGCUGGGUCCCGUCCGAGCUCUGGCCGAAGGUAAACCUGGAGAGCUCUUCGUAGGAACCACCAAGAAUGCCAUCGUCCGAGCUGCCUUCCCUGAUACACUAACUCCUAUUGUCCAGGGUCACACAGAUGAGCUGUGGGGUCUGGAUGUUCAUCCCUCCAUGGAGCAGUUCGUCACCUGCUCUCAGGACAAACAGGUUCACCUCUGGGACACCAACUCCCACCAGCCCCUCUGGAGCAAGACCAUCGAGGAUCCAGGGCGGUCUGCAGGUUUCCAUCCCAGCGGGGCGGUUCUGGCUGUGGGGACUAUGACUGGAAGGUGGUUGGUGCUGGACACUGACACCAGGGAUCUUGUUUCUAUGCACACAGACGGAAAUGAGAUUAUUUCCAACGUCAAAUACUCUCCAGAUGGUAACUUCCUGGCUGUUGCUUCCCAUGACAACUUUGUUUACAUCUAUGCUGUGACGGAGAACGGCCGAAAGUACAGCCGUGUGGGGAAAUGCACUGGCCACUCCAGCUUCGUCACCCAUCUGGACUGGUCCACAGACAGCCAGUACCUCGUCACCAACUCAGGAGACUACGAGAUCCUCUUCUGGGAGGCAUCCAGUGGUAAACAUGUGACCAACAUGGACACGGUGCGCAACCAGGAGUGGGCCACUUCCACCUGCACUCUGAGCUUUAACACCUUUGGAAUCUGGCCAGACGGAGCAGACGGCACCGACAUCAACGCCGUGUGCAGGUCACAUGACGGAUCCCUGCUGGCCUCUGCCGAUGACUUUGGCAAAGUGCACUUGUUCUCCUCCCCCUGCUCUCAACCAAGGGCUCCGAGCCACGAGUACGGUGGCCACAGCAGUCACGUGACCAACGUUGCCUUCCUGCACGACGACAGUCACCUGAUCUCCACUGGUGGGAAAGACACCAGCAUCCUGCAGUGGGUGGUCUAGACCGCCCACAUCUCUAAUCCCCCUCCAGCGGGGACCAGCAUCCUUCAGAACCCUGCCACCUCUUCACUGUUUUACCCUCCUGCCACCAGGGGGCAGUCUCUCCACUGUGCCUACUGGACAGAAAAAAUAAAAUAAUACCCACAUACACACAACUUAUACCCACAGAUGUCAGACCAGAUGAGAUGAGUAUCAUUGUAAUAAAUGAAAUAUUAUUUAGUGUCCUGCUGUUCGUAAUAGAAUGUAGAAAAAAUGAAUUGUUGCCAUGCAGGAAGUGAAUCCUAACUGUUCCCCCAAAUUAUCAACUACUGCAACACACAGUAAAGCUGUGAUUUAGCAUUAGUACUAACUGUGCCUAAACUGUACUUAUCUUAACCCCCUUUAAUGGGAAAUCCACCUGCUUUAAAGGACAAGUGUCUUUUCAAGUUUUACCCCUCAAAAUGGGAAAUCAUGCACACUUUACAGUAAUGUUCACCUUUUCUGCACUGCAAAAAAGGUCUAAAAACAAGAUAAAAACAUUAAAUCGGAGGGAAAUUAUCUUGCUGCAUGGACAGAUAAUUUCACACUUUUUAAAUUAAGAUUAUUAAAUCUAGAAAUAAGAAUAUUGAACGCUUAAAAUAAGAAAUUAACUCUUAAAACAAGAUAAAUUAUAUACUUUUUUCUUGGUAAGAAGCAAAUAAUUUUGCUUGCAGCUUCAAUUUAUCUUGUUUUAAGAGUUAAUUUCUUAUUUUAAGUGUUCAACAUGCUUAUUUCUAGAUUUAAUAAUCUUAAUUUAAGAAAUCUUGUCAAGUGAAAUUAUCUGUCCAUGCAGCAAGAUAAUUUCCCUCAGAUUUAGUGUUUUUAUCUUGUUUUUAGACACACCUUUUUUGCAGUGUGAAUGCAUGCUACACAGUUAUGGUUCGGGUUAUGCUUAUAUUUUAGGGUUUAAUAUUGUUAAAUAUUUUUUUAGUUUCUUUUUUUUUUUCUUACUCCAUUUAUUUCCAUGAACUAUGAAAAUCAAUUGAACUCUUGAAACUUGCUUCAGAUGCGUGGGGUAUUACAGUACACAUUUUUUUUAUUUCAGUCCAGACCAAAGAAUGAAAAUGAAGAUUCACAGAAAAUAAUGCAUAACUAAUGUAAUAACAUAUUUUCUAAUAGAUUUUCCACAUCGUACCAAAUAUAAGAAACCAAUGUAAUAAUACAUUUUAAGAAGAAAAAAAAAACACUUUAUAUUAGGGAACACAUAUUCAACAUUAAUUAGUUGCUUAUUAGCAUGCAAAUAAGUAACAUAUUGGCUCUUAAUUAGUCAUUAUUAAGUAGUUAUUAAUGCCUUAUUCUGCAUGGCCUUAUUAUACAAACAGUAAGACAUUAACUAAGAGUUUUACCUCAAUAACCUCAGAAUUAAAGCCUCAAAGUAAAGCCUAUUAAGAUCAUAACUCAUAUACAACAACUUCCUUACUUACUACUAAUAAGCAAUAAUUCUGAGGUUAUUGAGGGAAAACUCUCAGUUAAUGUCUUACUGGUUGUAUAAUAAGGCCAUGCAGAAUAAGGCAUUAAUAACUACUUAAUAAUGACUAAUCAAGAGCCAAUAUGUUACCGAUUUGCAUGCUAAUAAGCAACAAAUUGAUGUUAAAUUUGUGUUCCCUAAUAUAAAGUGUUACCAAAAAAAAGCUAAAACAACAGCUUGGUUUGUAAAGUGUGCAUGAUGUUAAACAACAGGGUUAAAACAGAGAAAUCACAUUCCCCUUUAAGAGUUCAUGUUAUUUCUGCAGCCCAGGUGACUCGUUUAAACAUGCACCUUUUUUUCCUGCAGCAACAAAUCACAGAGAUAAACUUUUAAACCAUCAAUGAACUUGCAAGCAUUGAGUUAAACAGAAUAAAACCUUCUGAAGUCAGUGCUUCUAGCUUUAAGAAAGACACAAAAUGACAAAAAAAAUACACAAAAUGACCAAAAAAAGACACAAAAUUAAAAAAAAAGACACAAAAUGACUAAAAAAGACACAAAAUGACUAAAAAAAGACACAGUAAGACUAAAUGACUAAAAAAGACACAAAAUGACUAAAAAAGACACAAAAUGACAAAAAAAACACCAAAAGACACAAAAUUACUAAAAGAAAAAAAGACCUUGUCAAGGUGAUAUUCUGAAGUCAGUGACUUAGCUUUAAGAAAGAUCGGUGCAUGUUUGGAAGAACUAACUAGCCGAUCCUGGGUCUGAGAAAGAUUGUAUUAGAACUCCUAAAACGGGUGGUAUUUCCCUUAAAACUCAUACUAUAAACCCAUUGCCUUGUUAUCUUUCACUUCUCCAUCCCUCAGCCUCAUUUCCAAACACAGAUUGUAAGUAUUACAGAUUGCAGUUGGAGAUUGUUAAAGGUACUAAGUAGCUGUUUUUUCCCCCCGAGCCUCAUUUCUCCUCUUUCUGAUUGUACUACUGCUGUAACUGUCACUAGAUGGCGCUACAAUGCAAGAGAAUGAGCAUGACCGAGGCUAUCCUCCUGUAGAUGCUGUUAAUGUCGCAAAGGUCUAUAGAGUAAAUUUAUAUAUUAUGCAGUAUAUCCGAGUGGCUGUGUUAUUUUAAUAUUUAACUGUAAUAAUGAUGGAUGUUAUUAUUAUUCUCGUGGCACUUUUAGCGAUUGACAGAGAGGUAAUGUUGGCUGCUGUGCUGUGGAAGUGAGCUUGAGCUGUGCUUUGCCUUCUUCUGUUUUGUUAAUAAAGUUUUUACCCAAGUACUACUGA